AAUCCAGUGUAUAUUUCUGAGAGAUACUGUGCAAUGCAAAGCGGAUUAAAAAUACAUUUCAUACUCGAAUGUUAUUUUAUUCACGCAGGAUUUAACAGACAUAAUUCAGACUAAUGAAUAAAUAAUGCAUUGGUGUUUGUAAGUGGAAUCAUCUUUUUGUAGCUGAUAAUACACACAUCUACUGCAGAACUGUGUAUUUUAGUUCAUUUGCAUUUUCGUUUUUGGAACUUUAUGGAAAGCAGCACAGAAAAAAGUGGGAUGAGAAGAACAAAGAAAUAUUUGUAAAAGUGAAGCUCAUUCUGAGGUAAAGUGAAGGCGGGACACAGCAGACGCCAGAUACAGACGCACUGCAGACGCCAGAUACAGACACACUGCAGACGCCAGACAGAGACACACUGCAGACGCCAGACAGAGACACACUGCAGACGCCAGACAGAGACACACUGCAGACGCCAGACACAGACACACUGCAGACGCCAGACAGAGACAUACUGCAGACGCCAGACAGAGACACACAGACCACAGCACCUUCACACCAGUCACUAACAGUUAUGGGUUCAGCGGUGAACUUCAUUCUGCUUUUGUCAGCAGGACUGUGGGCUCCUGCUUUGAGCGCAUCACGUCAGUUCUAUGCGGUGGAAGAGAACAGAGACUGGAGCGAGGCUCAGACAUGGUGCAGAGAGAAUUACACUGACCUGGCCACCAUCGAGAACCAAGAAGAAAUGGAUGCUGUGAAAGACCUUCUCAAGGGUAAAGGAGGCAACUUCUGGAUAGGACUGAAGCAAAACAAGACUUACUGGCACAUUUAUAAGAAUAGGUCCUGGUACUGGACAGAUGGCGCUCCAUACAACUACACGUACUGGCAGAAUGGAGAGCCAAACAACAAGGAGGGUGAUAACUGUGUGGAAGUCUACAGUGGAAAUAAUACAUGGAACGAUGCAGGCUGCAGCAAUCACCAUCAUUCAUUUGUCUGCUAUAAAAAACGAACUCCUCUCACCGUGAUCACUGAGAAGAAGACCUGGCGAGAAGCCCUGAGGUACUGCAGACAGAAUCAUGUGGACCUGGUUUCUGUUGACUCGCAGGAAAUGCAGGACUGGGUGGAAGUAGUCACUAAAAAUGUCUACAGUGAUAUGUGGAUUGGCCUGCGUCACACCUGCGCUCUGGGCUUCUGGUACUCGGUGAAGGGAGAGAUGAUCUGCUACCAAAACUGGGCUCCAGGUAACGGAACCGGAGUGGAAGAUUGUGGUGAUGUCGAGAGAACCGGAGCGGUUCUGUCUGAGAGUAAGAAGUGGGUCAGCCUGCCACAGACUCACGAACUCUACUUCAUCUGUAUCACCUUCCAGUGAAGGCUACUAGAAGUGGCCGCAUGAACUUCAGCUGGAUCCUCGUAGUUCAGGACCAGACAUUUCUUUCUCAGCAUCAUUUCACUUAAUUUUUUGGACAUGCAAGUACAACGAUUUAUUUAGGAAUUUCACAAUAAUGUUGAGUUUCUUUAUGGUGUUGGUCAAACUUUUACUUUCAAAAUAGCUCUUAGUAGCUUUACUGUUAGCUUCUGUUUAAAAACUAGAAUAUGUGAGACUUUCCUUUUGUUCACAUGGGAUGUGUUUUAUUAUCAGUAAUACGUUGUUUAGCUGUUUAGCGUAUCAUUAAUAUUUUUGAUUUGCAGUGUUGAGAUUUAGUUAGCUACAUGUAGCAAUGCUACCAGCUUAAGCACAUUUUUAACAGAAUGGCGGUAGAUGAGCUAAUUUCCAAAUAAUGUCGCUUUUCCUGUAACAAGCUAUUCUUUCACGAAGUCCCCGUGUAGCGUGACAAAUCUAGCUAGUUACAUAUUUCCAGAAAUGAACCGAACCAAGAGUCGUUUAGUGAGCCCUCUUUGUAUCUGUUUCUAUUUGACGAUGUUUUAGUAAAGUAACACUAACUGCUUUUUAAAAUGGUUUACAAACAGAAAAGCUAAAUCUAUUCCGGCAUUACCUGUAAAAAGCAGGUACGUUUUAUUUCGUUCAAUAAAAGAGCCGUGCAAUAAAAUGAAAAUAUCCCAGGUGAUUUUCCUCACUUUGACAAUCUCCUUCAGUGUAGCUAGCUACUUUUUCUUAGAAGCUUGUAGUGUAGCUAGCUACUUUAUCAACACAGUAGUGAUUGAUCAUUGAAAUCAUGAGUGCCUUGUAG